AUGCCGAAGAGGAAGAAUACGAGCCAUCACAACCAGAACAGAAAGGAUCACCGCAACGGUAUCAAACAACCAGACAGGAACAGCCUCAGUACCAAUGGAACAGAUGACAAGAUCCUCAGAAAUGCAAUUUAUUCGAAAAAGUACAACCAGAUAGGAAGGGAGAAGUACAGUGAGUUAUAUGGUGAGCAAAAAUAAAGUUUUAUUACGGUGAUA